AUGUCGCAUCAGACCGACCAAGAGGGUGGGGCCAGAUCUAGGGCUACCAAAAAGGCCGCCGCGCAAACCAAUCAAACGAAACGUGCGGCGGGGAAAAAGGCUGAGGUGGGAAAGCAGAAGCCCGGGAAGAAGGCGGAGGACAAGGGGAAGCAACCAACGGCACGCAAGCGUGUUUCGGCCGUCAGGAGCGAUGCGUAUGUUGCCACUGCUGCCCUUGAGCCCG